AUGGCACCUUUCAAAGUCUUUGAAGGCAAGCUUGCCAUCGUCACCGGCGCCUCACGCAGCUUCGGUGCCGUAGUGGCCGAGCACUUUGCCAGCCGGGGCGCCAACGUGGUCAUCAACUACGCCACCGAAGGCUCGACCCCCAAGGCCGAGGCCCUGGCCAAGCGCUUCGAGGCCGAGUACGGCGUCAAGGCGCUCCCCGUGCUCGCGGACCUGAGCCAGGUCGAGUCGGCACAAAAGAUCGUCGACGCCACGAGGGCGCACUUUACCGACGCCGCAACGGGCCGCUUCCAGAUCGACAUCAUCGUCAACAACGCCGCCGUGGUCAACGCGCAGGGGCUGGAGCAGCUGGACCUGGACCUGUUCCAAACGACGUUUGACGUCAACUGCCGGGCGCCGGCGCUGCUCAUCAAGGCCGCCAUCCCGCACCUGCCCACCGACCGCUCCGGCCGCAUCGUCAACAUCUCGAGCGCCACCACCACCUGGGGCGUGUGGUGGCAGACGGCCUACGCCGGCACAAAGGGCGCCCUCGAGGCCAUGACGCGCGUCUGGGCCCGCGAGCUGGCCGAGAGGGCCACCGUCAACACCGUCUCGCCCGGCCCCAUGGACACGGGGCUCUACUCCAGCCUGCCCGACGAGCCGCGCGAGGCCCUUCGUCCCUUCAACACCCUGACGCCGCUGGCCAAGGCUCGCCCCGGCGUCGACAGCCCAGAGGUGCUGGACCUGGCCCAGAGCAUAGGAGGGCGCCCCGGUUACCUGGAGGAGGUUGCGGGUAUUGUGGGGGUUGUCUGCCUGCCCGAGAGUGGGUGGAUGACAGGUAACCAGGUUGGUGCAAGUGGCGGUGGUGCUUUUGUCAGGUAA